AUGAAUGCAGGCAAAUUUGUUCCCCCGCUCUUCCACCCGAACGUCUACCCGUCUGGAACUGUAUGCCUGUCCAUCUUGGCAGAGGACGACGGCUGGAAACCGGCGAUUACGAUCAAGCAGAUCCUUCUUGGAAUACAAGACCUUCUCGAUGACCCGAACCCUGAAUCUCCUGCGCAGGCCGAGGCUUACAACUUAUUCAAAAAGGACCGUCCUGCCUACGAGAAGAAAGUACGGCAAGUUGUAAAGGAGCAUCCUGCCGUCUAG